CUCCACUGGGUGAUCAUGAAGGUUUUCCCAAAAUGCAAUGGGAAAAAGCCAAAGAUGGCGGUGGCAUCGUCAGGUCGCUGGCUGAGUGUCCGCUGCAGGCUUUGCUCGCCGCUGACGGGCCGGUGGGCAGGUCCAUGGGGACGAGCGCAUAGGUGCAGAGCUUUUAUUUUUUGCAGAUUUUUUUGUGGAAGUGCAGCCCUCCCAAAGUUUGAAGGAGCUGAUGUAAAAGGGACUGAAGAAGUGGUCAUUCCAAAAAGGAAAACUUGGGAUAAAGUGGCCGUUCUGCAGGCACUCGCAUCCACAGUAAACAGGGAUACCACAGCCGUCCCAUAUGCAUUUCAAGAUGAUCCUUAUCUCAUACCAACAUCCUCAGUGGAAUCACGUUCAUUUUUGCUGGCAAAGAAAUCUGGAGAGAAUGCAGCAAAGUUUAUUAUUAAUUUACAUCCCAAAUAUUUUCAGAAGAAUAUAGCUGAACCUGAUAUACCGUGUUUAAUGCCUGAGUGCUUUGAACCUCAGAUUGAAGAUAUAAGUGAAGCUGCCCUGAAGGAACGAAUCAAGCUCAAAAAAGUUAAAGCUUCAGUGGACAUGUUUGAUCAGCUCUUGCAAGCAGGAACCACUGUAUCUCUGGAAACAACUAAUAGUCUCUUGGAUUUGUUGUGUUACUAUGGUGACCAAGAACCCUCCACUGAUUAUCGUUUUCAACAAAAGGAAAAAUCAGAAGAUUUGGAAGAGGCCACAGAGGAAAACAGUGAGAAAUCUAAGAAGAAAAUUGGUCAUCAGUUUGGAGUUACUUGGAGAGCAAAAAACAAUGCUGAGAGAAUCUUUGCUCUAAUGCCGGAGAAAAACGCACAUUCCUACUGCACAAUGAUUCGAGGAAUGGUAAAGCACCGAGCUCCUGUGCAGGCAUUAAACUUGUACACUGAAUUAUUAAACAACAGACUCCAUGGUGAUGUAUAUACCUUCAAUUCAUUGAUCGAAGCAACAGCAAUGAUGAAUGAGAAAUUUGAGGAAAAAUGGAAUAAGAUAUUGGAGCUGCUGAAACAAAUGGUUGCACAGAAGGUGAAACCAAAUCUACAGACUUUUAAUACCAUUCUGAAAUGUCUCCGAAGAUUUUAUGCAUUUGGAAAAUUGCCAGCCUUACAGACCUUACGUGAAAUGAAAGCCAUUGGAAUAGUGCACCUGGUAAUUCGAGAACCGUCACUUGCAACAUAUCACUAUAUUAUUCAGCUGUUUUAUCAAUAUGAAAACCCUGCAAAAGGAUCAUCCCUCUUGAUCUAUGAUAUCAUGAAUGAAUUAACAGGAAAGAAAUUUUCCCCAAAGGACCCAGAUGAUGACAUGUUUUUUCAGUCAGCCAUGAGAGUUUGCUCCUCUCUGAGAGAUCUAGAACUUGCUUACCAAGUACAUGGCCUUUUAAACACUGGAGACAACUGGAAAUUCAUUGGACCCGAUCAUCGACGUAAUUUCUAUUAUUCUAAGUUCUUCAAUUUGCUUUGUCUAAUGGAGCAAAUUGAUGUCACCUUGAAGUGGUAUAAGGACCUGAUACCUUCAGUCUUCUUUCCCCAUUCCCAAACACUGAUAGAUCUUCUCCAAGCACUGGAUGUGGCCAACAGGCUAGAAAUGAUUCCUCAAAUUUGGAAAGAUAGUAAAGAAUAUGGUCACACUUUCCGCAGUGAUCUGAAGGAAGAGAUUCUGAUGCUCAUGGCAAGGGAUCGGCACCCACCAGAGCUUCAGGUGGCGUUUGCUGACUGCGCUGCAGAUAUCAAAUCUACUUAUGAAAGCCAAGAUGCCAGACAGACUGUUCCUGAUUGGCCGGCCAGCCCUCUGAACUAUAUAGCUGUCUUGUUCUUGAGGGCUGGGAGAACCCAGGAAGCCUGGAAAAUGUUGGGGCUUUUCAGGAAGCAUAAUAAGAUCCCUAGUAAUGAGUUGCUGAAUGAGUUUAUGGACAGUGCAAAAGCAUCCAGUAGCCCUGCCCAGGCCAUCGAGAUAGUGAAGCUGGCGAGUGCCUUCAGCUUACCUAUUUGUGAGGGCCUCACCCAGAGAGUAAUGGCAGACUUUACAAUCAGCCAGGAACAAAAGGAAUCCCUGGGAAACCUAACUGCAUUGACCCAUGACAGCGAUAGUGACAGCAGCAGUGACAGCGACAGUGACAUCAGUGAAAGCAAAUAAAAGUGGUCCAGUCAAGAGCAUCUGUGGCCUAGCAUAACUUCUCUAACUACACUUGAGAACUGAGAUGUUAAUAUUAAACUGUGAUAUAAAUAAAAUGAGAAUAUAGAUUUGGUGAACUUUUAAAUACAGUUGAUCCAACACUGAGUUAUUUAGGUUAAAUUCCUAAUUUGAUACCUACUAAACCAUCCAUUCAAGGUCUACCAUUUAAACAGAAGCAGCACUACUAUUUCAUUUCUUUGGACACACAGUGUGAGAUACAUAGCUCCUGAUUUCGGCAUAAGCUCUGCACACCUUUGUUUACCUGCUGCCUUCACACUACUGUCAUCAGUGUGGUUCAUUUUUAUGUUGUGGUUUAGCCUUUGUUGGCUGAUGCUAUGAUGCUGGUUCUUCCUUGAUCUUAGAGAAAGUGUCUAAAGAAGGUUGUCAUAGUUACAUAACAAUUGAUACUGGGUCGAUAAUAUCCCAAUUUCAGGGAUAUUUAGAUGUAAAAAAAUUGUAAGUCUUAGAAUUGAUUUUCAUUUCUGACAAUGGCAGUUUAAGCUGCACAAAUACGAAAAUGAUGUCUAAAUAAAUACUGUGAUUAAUUAAUGUA